AUGGACAUGUACCAACGAGACGCAUCGGCUGAUGCCGGGGACGCGGGUGGCUUCAAGCUGUAUCACUACGAUCCAUCAAUGGCUGGCGGUGUCAUAUUCACCCUCCUUUAUAUCGGCACCACAAUCUUUCACACCUGGCAACUUUACCGAGGACGAUCCUGGUUUACGAUUCCUUUAGCUAUUGGUGGUUUACUUGAGGUUAUUGGAUAUGCUGCGAGAUGCAAGUCUGCCAACGAAACCCCAAAUUGGGAAUUGGGCCCUUAUAUCAUCCAAAGUAUCUUUCUGCUCGUCGCUCCAGCACUCUUUGCUGCCACCAUUUAUAUGGAGCUUGGUAGAAUCGUUGAGAUGAUUGAUGGAGAAGGGCGGGUGAUGAUCAGCAAGAAGUGGAUGACUAAGAUCUUUGUGACUGGAGACAUACUAUCAUUCUUUCUGCAAGGUGGAGGUGGUGGCUACCAGUCUUCUGGUACACUCGAGGCGUUAGAUGCAGGAGCGAAAAUCAUUAUUGCUGGAUUAUUUGUCCAACUGAUCUUCUUCGGCGUUUUUGUCAUCAUCGCCAUAUCCUUUCAUCGAGCUAUCAGUGAAAACCCAACAGGCCGGUCGACCAGCGGACUCCCAUGGAAGAAGCACAUGAUGGUGCUUUACGUUUGCAGUUUCCUUAUCAUGGUUCGAUCACUUUUCAGAGCGAUUGAGUAUUUGCAAGGCAACAGCGGUUUCCUUCUUCAGCAUGAGAUUUAUCUCUACAUCUUCGACGCACUCUUGAUGUUCCUCGUUAUGGUAAUCUUCAACUGGUUCCAUCCAUCUGAGAUAACUGCCAUCUUGGACGAGAGAAGGGGUGGUAAAGGGUACAGCAUGGGAGCGUUCUCGUCGUGCGCGUAA